UUAGAAGGUUUUACCGCUGCGCAUAAACACAGAUUUUGAUCAGUGCGUUAAAAGUUUCGGUGAGUCCGCGCGCACUGACACUCCACAGCAACCCGAGCGACCUGUUGAGUCCGCGCGCGCAGUCACGGAGCGGAAAAAGCGUCAAAAGCCGCUGGAGCGGGACUCGAACAACACUGGACUUAUUUAUUACAAAUCGCUAUCAGAGGGCGCUCUUUGCAAUUUUUUUUUUUUUUGUAAGUCCCAUGUGACAUUUUAUUAUCCGAGAGUUUAUUUAUUGAAGCGGUCAGUCCUUUAUAGUGACUGAAGAAGGGACACUGUUUUGUUUUGUUUUGUUUUUUAACCCAAUGAAACAAAAGACGAGAACAACCCGGACGGCAAGGUAAAAGUGUGUGUGUAUGUUUUUUUUUUCUUCAGUUGCAGGUGAUCCUCGGAAGUUACUUCUGAAGAAACGUCUGGAUUAAUCAGAGACGGAAUUUGGGACUUUCAUAAAACAUUACUUGUCUUUUACUUUCGUCUUGAGCGUAUUAUUUCCGCCCUGCGUGUGUAUGAACGUUUGCUAAAAACGAAACGAUGGAAGUGAGCGCGGAGCAGACCCGCUGGAUAGGCCACCACCCUCACCAUCACCCUCACCCGGUGCUGAACGGGCAGCACGCGGAGCCGCACCACCCCGGACUCGGCCACUCGUACAUGGAGCCGCAGUAUCCGCUCGAGGAAAUGGACGUGCUGUUCAACAUCGACGGACAGAGCGGCCACCCGUACUACGGGAACCGGGCCGUGCAGAGGUACCCGCCGCCUCACGGUAGUCAGAUGUGUCGCCCGUCACUGCUGCACGGCUCUCUACCAUGGUUGGAGAGCAGUAAAGGGAUCGGAACACACCAUGGGGCCUCGCCCUGGAACCUGGGCCCCCCUUUUCCUAAAGCGCCACUGCACCACAGCUCCCCAGGGCCUCUGUCUGUCUACCCUCCUCCGCCCUCGUCCUCUUCUUCUUCCUCUUCUUCCUCAUCACUGUCGGCCGGCCAUGCCAGCCCUCACCUCUUCACGUUCCCUCCCACUCCUCCAAAAGAUGUGUCCCCAGACCCAGCUGUGUCGACACAGUCUUCUGGUUCUUCACUGCGGCCCGAAGACAAAGAAUGCAUCAAGUACCAGCUGCCCGAGGGCAUGAAGCUGGAUGCGGCCCACGGCCGUGGCAUGGCCAUCGGAGCAGGCACAGUGGCAUCCUCCUCCUCUGCCGCGCAUCACCCCAUCGCAACUUACCCUCCCUAUGUGUCCGAUUACGGGCCGGGGCUCUUCCCACCCAGCAGCCUGCUAGAGGGCCGGGAAUGCGUGAACUGCGGAGCCACUUCCACCCCUCUGUGGCGGCGGGACGGAACCGGCCACUACCUGUGUAACGCGUGCGGACUUUACCACAAGAUGAACGGGCAGAACCGACCUCUUAUCAAGCCCAAACGGAGACUGUCUGCUGCACGGCGAGCGGGAACCUCCUGUGCAAACUGUCAAACGACCACGACGACGCUGUGGAGGAGAAACGCCAACGGUGACCCGGUGUGCAAUGCCUGCGGCCUCUACUUUAAACUGCACAAUAUCAAUCGACCACUCACGAUGAAGAAGGAAGGCAUCCAGACCCGCAACAGGAAGAUGUCCAGCAAGUCCAAGAAGAGCAAAAAGUCGCAGGACAGCAUGGACGACUUCUCCAAGAGCCUGAUGGAGAAGAGCAGUUCGUUCAGCCCAGCCGCCUUGUCGCGUCACAUGACCUCAUUCCCGCCCUUCUCGCACUCGGGCCACAUGCUGACCACGCCCACUCCCAUGCACCCCUCCUCCAGCUUGCCCUUCACCCCCCACCACCCCUCCAGUAUGGUGACCGCUAUGGGUUAGGCUACCUCCAACCCUGACCGUGACCUCAGCCUCAACCACAACUCCUCAACCUUUGACCCUCAACCCCUAAACCUGCUCUCUCCUGGCCCACAGAUGACUGCUAUGAGCCCUGUAAAACUUUUGUACACUCCUUCUCACCAACAUGAGAGAGAAAGUUUGUGUGUGUGAAAGAGAGAGAGAGAGAGAGAGAGAAAGAGACUUUUUUCAUCCUCCAUUCUUGAAGCCUUGACAGUGAGCUUACAUUAUCACGUCACCACCAUUAUUCGUGUACAGGUUCCCUCUCUCAUCGCACACACCCCCUAAAGUGAAGCAGAACGGUUGAAAGAUCGGAAAAGUUCUCCAUCCAUCCAUCCAACCAUCCAUCCAUCCAACCAUCCAUCCAUCCAACCUUUUAUUCAUCCCUCCAUGUCAAUUAACUCAUCAUCCUUUCCUUUGGUUUUCCUCAACGAGAGAUAAGAACUCUGAUCUGUGAAAACCACAGAGGAGACAGACUCUGCAUAUAUUUGUACAAAUUGUAUGAAAUACAGUACAUUUAAAAGACUUUUUAAAAGAGAGAAAAAAGACUAACAAGGAGUGGGGGGGGAAAAGUCCACGGGCAGCUAACGACAAGAAGGGUACGACUUAAACCUGGAGGAAAGACAAGACAUUGUAGCGGCUCUUCCUUGUAAAGAAGGAAACAGAGACAGAAAGAAAAGAAGUGAGAAUAAAGGAAUGUGGGCUUUCUGUGUAAUGGAACGGUGUGUAACGCAUUAACGCUUGUGUAGUCAGGUCUGUUCCUCUGACUGCCAGCUACUCUUCUGGAUGUGUAAUAGGUCUUGGGCAAUCGGUUUAUGUUCACACACACACACACACACACACACACACACACACACACACACACACACACACACACACACACACACACA